UGAAUGAAGCUUGCUAUUGAAUUAUGCUUACUGAUUAUGCGUGUUACAGUAUUUGAUUUUUGUUUAGCAUAAGCUAUUCAUGCAAUUGCUAGUUAUUUUAUUUUUAUUGCAGUAUCUGUCUCUUUUUUUCUCCCCACGCCCUUUGUCUUGGAUGCUUUUUAUGUGUCCAGAGUUGACACUGGGUGACUGUCGUUUGGCAGAAGACUUAGCAAUGCUGUGGUCUCUCUCUUUUUUUUUUCUUUUCCCCUUAAGUGAGACAUGCUGCCUUCCAAUUUCCUACAUGUUCAUGUGGUGAACUUCUUGCUGAAUGUCUGUGGCUAGCAUCCUCACAGGCUUGCCUAAUGGUGUGAUUCACAUGCUCUCCCAUGUGCAAGGAUUGAUUCCCUGCUUAAAGGAACUCUUCAGCACUAAGUGGUGUAUUGGUGGUGCACUUGCCGUGCUUAGUUUUUGUUUGCAAACAAAGUGGAAAAAAACAUUAUUUUGAAUUAGUUUGUGUUGAUAAGCACUGAUUUCCCUUCACUUGGAAAGAGAAAGCAGAGCUUAAGAGUUGACAUUGGGGUGCCAGAAUCCAUCUGCUUCUCCUUUCCUUUGAUGUAUCACUUGAGAGCAAUCGUAGAAGACAGGACUAAACAGAAGGGUAACAAAAACAUGUCUCAGCUGCUUUGGGCACUGAGAGUUUCCUAAGGCCAAUGGGAGAUCCUAGGACCCAUCGGGCAGUGCCUUAAUGCCUUUGCAGCUUCAGUUCAGCUAUGUCUAAGGUGGGCGUGAGCCUUGAAUUAUAAAACACAGUGUGUUUUUUAAGGUAAUCUGAAAUCCUCACAUGGAGCUGUGGGCUCAUAUAUUAUUAAUCAUACUGGAGAAUAUUUCUAGAAGUCUCCAGUCCUAAUGUUUUCUCUCAAACACAAGUAGGUUCACUAGGAGCAGUUUACCCCCUAUAAAAUGCCUGACCGUGCCCAUUCAAACUUCUUUACAAAUGCUUCAUUUGUUACAGGAAGCUCCUCAGGGAGGAUUCUUCACAUCUGCCAUCAUAAUUUCUUAUUUCCUAAGCGCUGCAAUUUGUACUUGAUUAUUCUUACAAGAAUCGUGCCUCCCUUCCCUCCCCCUGCUCUGGCACAUUCCAUUGUGCUGCUGCUUGUUCGUCUAGCCUGCACAGAGCAUCUGAGAGUGUUUAAAUCCAAAUUUUUCUUUGCUGUUAUUCUAUCAUUUCUUUACCCCACUCACUUCUGGGGGGGGGAGGUGGAGGAGGGGCAGCUGCUUUUUUAUUCUCUGACAGUUUUCCUGCGGGUUGUUAGCGACAGCAAGUUGUCAUCAUUUUGUAGCCAUUCAGCAAGUAACAAAAACGAGCUGAAUCUCUCAUUCCAGUUUUCCAAGGACAAAGUUUCCCAAAACAAAAAUACACCACCACUUCUUGGAGCACUUAACAUCUCCAAUAGAUAGAAGGACUGAAGCCCGGGUUUGUGAAGAUACUUCGGUGAAGGUUUUCCAAAGAGAGGUGUGCUGAUUGGAUAAGAUGUCAUGGUCUUCUCCUGUCGAUGUAGGAAGAUAGCAGAUAUGAUUGCCUGAGAAAGCAGAGCUACCCAGUGCAAGCAUGGCUUUCGCCCAGUCACACAUUAUGGCAGCUAGAAGGCAUCAGCACAGUAGACUCAUAAUUGAAGUGGAUGAGUACAGCUCCAACCCCACACAGGCUUUCACGUUCUACAACAUUAACCAGGGACGUUUUCAGCCCCCACAUGUGCAAAUGGUUGAUCCGGUGCCCCAUGAUGCUCCCAAACCUCCAGGGUAUACUCGAUUUGUCUGCAUUUCUGAUACUCACUCGAGAACUGAUCCCAUCCAAAUGCCAUAUGGAGAUGUGUUAAUACAUGCUGGUGAUUUCACUGAGCUGGGACUUCCUAGUGAAGUAAAAAAAUUCAACGAGUGGCUAGGUAGCCUGCCCUAUGAAUACAAGAUUGUGAUAGCAGGAAAUCAUGAAUUGACCUUUGACCAGGAAUUCAUGGCUGACUUAAUCAAGCAGGACUUUUACUAUUUCCCCUCUGUUUCUAAGCUGAAGCCAGAGAGCUAUGAAAAUGUACAGUCUCUUCUAACAAACUGCAUCUAUCUUCAAGACUCUGAAGUGACCGUGAGGGGAUUCAGAAUAUAUGGCUCCCCUUGGCAACCUUGGUUUUAUGGCUGGGGCUUUAAUCUUCCACGAGGCCAAGCAUUAUUAGAGAAGUGGAACCUUAUUCCAGAUGGGAUAGAUAUUCUUAUAACACAUGGACCACCUCUCGGUUUUCUAGACUGGGUACCUAAGAAAAUGCAACGGGUAGGAUGUGUAGAGCUGCUGAACACAGUCCAGAGACGAAUACAGCCAAGGCUUCAUGUGUUUGGACAUAUCCAUGAAGGUUAUGGUGUCAUGGCUGAUGGAACUACUACCUACGUGAAUGCUUCUGUGUGCACUGUGAAUUACCAGCCACUAAAUCCACCUAUAAUUAUUGACUUACCUACUCCAAGGAAUACAUGAUUAUAAUAAAGGAUUUCAUGUUGUGCCCAACACAUUAGCAACUUUAUAUUGCUGGCUGAGAAUCCCAAUAGGGAACUGUUCAACAAGAAAAGUCCUUCUUCUCUUUUUCCUGCUAGCUCUUCACAGAUAAAUCUGAGUGACAAAAACGGAUGAUGAACAAAGACUUUUUGGUGCCAGAAACAGAUUAAAGACAUAUCACCAUUAAAAUGUUUGUGAACACAGAAAAGUGAAUGCAUUCCACAUCUAUAUACAUAUACAUCUCUCUCUCUCUCUCAAGUAGGGACUUUUGUAUAUACCGUACAUUAUAUUGGACUAACUAAAAGAACAGUGUCUUUCAGGGGAAUGUUUCUUCAAGAAAGUUUGCAGUUUAAACAGAGUUCAGACUAGGAUUUCCUCAUUUCAGAUGUUUCCCAUUGAGCUCUUGAUAAAAGUGAUGUUAAAGAUGUUUUCCCUUAACACAGGAUACACAAAAGAUGCUUCAUAAAUGACCAGCCACAAGAGGAAAGCUAUUAUUUCAAGCCUUCCAGGUCUUGAGUCCUUGCAUCUAUUCCAAACCAAUGCAAUAGAGGUCUUAAUUCACUGUACUGAAAUGAAGUUUGCUACAUCUGACAUUAAGGGAAAGGAUGCAUAUUGCCAGCAUGUUCUAAACAGCUCAAAAUCUAAGAAGGGAGAAGGGAGACUGUGUUAAGUGCAGUAUAAACUCAGGAAUUUGAAA